AAAGUUGUAAUGUGAUGUGACCUAUACACAAGUCCACGAUUAAUAGGGAGAGUUUUACAGUUUAAGUGUUAUUUAAGUGAUAAAAGUGUGAAUAUAAAAUCAUUUGCCAUUAAACUUUAUUAAAAAUUAUUUCCCACAGAUGGAUAAAAAGAACAAAAAAUCCGGAAACAAGCAAAUUUUUAUCAUCACUCCUGAUGAAUUAGCCAAACUAGGAAUUUUAGGAAAGAUAUCCAGUGCUGGAGUAAGUUCCAAACCUACAGAAGAUACCACAUCUAGUCCAUCAACUUCAAAAAGUGUAGACAAAAUCACUGAAAAUCCUGAUAUUUGUAACAUCUUAAGAUCUGCUCUGAAGAAAAAACUUAAGCCAAAAACAGAUAAAAGUGCAACUAUCCAUCAAACUAAAAAGUUAUCCGUAAAACAGAGAAUUGGUAAGAAGAUUAAAUCUAAGGUAUUAUCUGAAGAACUAGAAACUGCCAAAAAUGCAACUGUCCAUCAAACGCAAGAGUUAUCUGUAAAAAAGAAAAUUGUUAAGAAGAUUAGAACUGAGGUAUUAUCUGGAGAACUAGAAUUGUCAGGGCAAACUCAAGAAACACAUGUUACAGGACCAAACACAACUAUUAAAUCUCCAAAGAAAACUGUAAGUGUUAUUAGUAAUACUGCAGUCAACUUAAGUAAAGAUACCAUACACAAGAUAGUCGAUAGUGUUUCCAGCUUGAAUUCUGGUAAAAAUAUCAAUUCAAAAUUGAAAUUGAUACCAGCAAAAGUAGGUCCCCAAAACUUCCAAAGUACAAUCGACACUGAUUUUAAAAACGCUAUACAAACAGAUGACAUAGAAAAAACACAUACUGAAGCAGCAGCAACAGGAAACAGUAUAACAAGCAUUGUUGAACAUCCUCAUAAGAAAAACAAAUCGAAAAAAUCAAAAAAUGAGUCAUCUACAGAAUGUGAAUCUGUUAUUAGUGAUUCAUAUAUUGUUGAACCUAUUGAACAAUCUCUUGACUCACACAUUGAAUCUAAUGAACAACUGUUUCAAAGAAAAGUAGAUAGAAAUCAGUGUGAUACAUUGAUUAAAGGAUCUAGAAGUAGAAAUAGUGAUACAGAUAAAAAGUUGAUCAGAAAUACAGUUAUAGGACGAUAUAUUUCCCGGAAACCACCUAAACUGCUUGAUAAGCAAUUAGAUCCUAAACAAACAAGUCUUCUUCCUGUGAAUACCCUUCUAGGAUCGAAUAAUGAUGUGGCAGAAACAGGGUUAAGUGACACAGAUUUUAUAAAUAAAGAAAUAAUUUUUGAAGAGAAAAAUCUAGAUAAUAAGACAAAUUAUGAAAGUCCAAAGGAUCCCUCAAUACAAAAGGAAGAAUUGGAAAAUGUAUUAAGAACUCCAGUUGAUACCUCACUAAGAGUAAUAACUAACCCUGUAAAAGUAGAUGAGAGUUACAAAAAAUCUGCUAAGAAAAAAAGAGGUCGAAAGUCUAAGAAUCGGGUGGUACCGGAAGUCCAAGCUGAAAAAAAUUUAGAAGACAGUGAAAAGAAAGAAACUCAAUUAGCUCUGAUCACUGCAGUAAAUAGUAUAGAAAGAAUGCAAAAAACGGAAGAUACAGCCAUCGCCUCUAUAGAUAACUCAGUAAAAGUACUCAGUACCUGUAUUCAAGUAGAUGAGACAUGUGAAAAACCUGCUAAGAAAAAAGGAAUUCGAAUGUCUAAGAAUCUGGUGGUACCGGAAGUUGAACAUGAAAAAAAUUUAGAAGACAUUAGUGAAAAUAAAGAAACUGAGAUAGUACCCAUCGCUGUAGUGGAUGCUAUAGAAAUAGUUCAAAGAUCUGGAGAUACACCUAGCACCUAUACAGAUAAUGCAGUAAAAGUACUCAAUACGUGUGACCAAGUAGAUGAAAACUAUGAAAAACCUGCUAAGAAAAAAGGAGGUCGAAAGUCUAAGAAUCUGGUGGUACUGGAGGUUGAAACUGAAAAAAAAAUUAGAAGACAUUAGUGAAAAGAAAGAAACUGAGUUAGUACCCAUGACUACAGUGAAUAGUAUAGAAAGAAUGCAAAAAACAGGAAAUAGACCCACCAUCUCUUUAGAUAACUCAGUAGAAGUACUCACUACCUGUGUACAAGUAAAUGAGAGCUGUGAAAAACCUUCUAAGAAAAAUGUAGGUCGAAAGUCUAAGAAUCUAGUGGUACCGGAAGUUGAACCUGAAAAAAAUUUAGAAGACAUUAUUGAAAAGAAAGAAACUGAGUUAGUACCCAUGACUACAGUGAAUAGUAUGGAAAGAAUGCAAAAAACAGGAGAUAGACCCACCAUCUCUAUAGAUAACUCAGUAGAAGUACUUAGUACCUGUGAACAAGUAGAUGAGCGCUGUGAAAAACCUGCUAAGAAAAAAGGAGGUAGAAAGUCUAAGAAUCCGGUGGUACCGGAAGUUGAACCUGAAAAAAACUUGGAAGACAUUAGUGAAAAGAUAGAAACUGAAUUAGUACCUAUCGCUGCAGUGAAUGCUAUAGAAAUAGUCCAAAAAUCUGAAGAUACACCUACCACCUAUAUAGAUAAUGCAGUAAAAUUACUCAAUACCUGUGUACAAGUAGAUGAGCCUUGUGAAAAACCUGCUAAGAAAAAAGGAAUUCGAAAGUCUAAGAAUCUGGUGGUACCAGAAGUUGAACCUGAAAAAAAUUUAGAAGAUAUUAGUGAAAAGAAAGAAACUGAGUUGGUAUCCAUCGCUGCAGUGAGAGCUGUAGAAAUAGUUCAGAAAUCUGGAGAUGCACCUACCACCUAUAUAGAUAAUACAGUAAAAGUACUCAAUACCCGUGAACAAGUAGAUGAAAGCUACGAAACACCUGCUAAGAAAAGAGGAGGUAGAAAAUCUAGGAAUUCGGUGGUACCAGAAGUUGAACCUGAAACAAACUUGGAAGAUCUUACUGAAAAGAAAGAAACUGAGUUAGUACCCAUGACUAGAGUGAAUAGUAUAGAAAGAAUGCAAAAAACGGGAGAUAUACCCACCAUCUCUAUAGAUAACUCAGUAGAAGUACUCGGUACCCGUGUACAAGUAGAUGAGAGCUGUGAAAAACUUUCUAAGAAAAAAGGAGGUCGAAAGUCUAAGAAUCUGGUGGUACUGGAAGUUGAACCUGAAAAAAAUCUAGAAGACAUUAGUGAAAAGAAAGAAACUGAGUUAGUACCCAUAACUACAGUGAAUAGUAUAGAAAUAAUUCAAAAAACGGGAAAUACACCCACCAUCUCUAUAGAUAAUUCAGUAGAAGUCCUUAGUGCCCGUGUACAAGUAGAUGGGAGCUGUGAAAAACUUUCUAAGAAAAAAAGGAGGUCGAAAGUCUAAGAAUCUGGUGGUACUGGAAGUUGAACCUGAUAAAAACUUGGAACACAUUGGUGAAAAGAAAGAAACUGAAUUAGUACCCAUUACUGCAGUGAAUGCUAUAGAAAUAAGUCAACAAUUUGGAGAUAUUCCUACCUCCUCUAUAAACAACUCAGUAAAAGUACUCAAUACCUCAAUAACUGAGAGCUGUGAAAAAUCUGCUAAGAAAAAAGGAGGUAGAAAGUCUAAGAAUCCGGUGGUACCAGCAACUGAACGUAGUGGAAACAUUGAUAAAGAUAAUGUCGACAUAAUUGCUGAUCAACUCAUAGAAGGAGAAAACGUAAAAGCUGAAGGCGAUAAGAAAGAAAUUGAACCGGUACCUACAAUGUUGGGAAGUGCUUCAUUAGGAUCUCAAAAAACUGAACAAAUAUCCACAAUCUCAAUCGAUAACUCAGUAACAGUACUUAAUUCCCUUGUAGAAAUAAACGACAGCUGUGAAACUUCUGCUACGAAAAAAAGCGGCAGAAAAUCUCAGAAUAUAGUGGUACCAGAAGCUGGAUCUGGUGGAAAUACUGAUCAUAAAAUAGCUGCCGAACAACCUAUCGAAGAUAUAUUAAAAAAUCAAGACAAAAAGGAAGAAACUGAAUCUGUUACAAUACAAAAAAUUGGAGAUGCUGAAGAAGAAGAUAUCGAUAGAAAUUGCGAAGAAUCUGCUAAGAAAAAAAGAGAUAGAACAUCUAACAAUCUAGUAGUGCCAAAUAUGAUUAACAAAACGCAAUAUACUGAUACGAGUAUCGAGCAAACUGUUGACAAAUUAGGCCAAUUACACAACGAAACUCAAGAAGAAAUCGCUUCAAUUAGUACACCUGAACAAAUAGAAAAUAAUGAUAUCAGCAUUGAAAAGAUCGGUAAGAAAAAAAGAGGACGAAGGCUGAAAUAUGUAUGGUUAGCAGGAGUUGAAUCAGUCCUUUCUGACGAAGAAAAGUCCGCAUUGAGGAAUAAAAAUAUUGAACAACUGGACGAAGAGGAAAAUGACAAAACUUCUUCUGUAUCAUCUUCUGACGUUUCAUCCGUUGCCGUAGAAACGCCUGUUAAGCAGAAAAGAGGUAGAAAGCCAAAAACCGUUUCAUUAACACAAACGCAGUCACUCACAGAGCAUAUAAGUGCCGAACAAAACGAUCAAAAUGAGGAAUUUCCCGCCGAUGUGUCUGUUAGUGAAACAAGUAUUGAACAACCAAGCAAAAGGAGGAGGGGAAGACCUCGGAAAGGCGAUACUCCCGCCCAGAUAACAACUAUUCCUAUUACUGAGCCUAUUGUUAAAUAUGACUUAGAAGAAUCCAAGAGGGGUAGAAAACGGGCAAAAAUAAACUAUUUUGAAGUCGAGAUGUCCACUCAAGAACCUACGAAAGUUACGAGAAAAAGAGAAGCAAGUGAAACGUUGGAGCCAAAGCAAACUAAAAAGAAGCGCGAUAAUGAACCGGACGCUGAUUAUAAAAUUAAAGUUAUCGACGAAGUCAAUGAUGAAGUUGACGACUUAAAUAAACCAGUCAAGGAUAAGAGGAAGUAUGUUUGGAAUGGAAAUACCGUUAAGAUGUGGAGUCAAAUGUUUUCUGUUCUUAAGGAUAAUCCAGAUGGUGAAAAGAGUGCUGUGUCUACCUCCACCGCUCGUUAUCGAGGUCGUCCCAGAAAAUAUCAUGACGUAAACCGGUCCUUAGUAUGCGAUGAUCAAGACCAAGUAACGUGUGUUAUUUGUCGAGAAACUGUUUCAUAUGAGGAUUGGUCUGAUCAUAAUAUAGAUAAACACUACAAUUUGGCUUGGCGAGUCGGGGAAAUUCAGUUGUUUUUAGACGAUUAUUCUAUGUUACGAUCCAAACUACAACCUUUCUUUGCCAAUAAGAAAACACUUUCUUGCCUAAAAUGCAGUAAAGUAUGUACGAAAUUACUCGAAUUUGUUUUCCAUAGGGAGGAGUGCGAAGGUAUUUUAGUAAAAGGUCAAGUUACUUGUGCUGUUUGUAAUAAAACAUUGGAGAGAAAAUCUUGGAUGUCUCAUAAAUUGAAACAUAACAAUUUAGCGUGGAGAGUUGGUGACUAUCCAUUGGAUCUAAACAGCGACGUCUUGGUGUUAAAGAUCCUGAACGCUUUGUACAGUGCGAAAAAACCUUUGACGUGUGAAGCGUGCGGCACGGUAAAAAAAUCAGUUGUUGGCUUUCUGUCUCAUCGUGGAGUGUGCGGAAAGAACGUCGACGAGGCAAAGGUGCCAUGCGAAGUAUGCGGCAGAAAAUGUUUACCUUCGAGUAUGCCAUCUCAUAUGAAAGCGGCUCAUGAUCCAAACAAGAAGAACAACAGCGAUUAUUUUGAUAUCGACAUCACCCUCUCGCACGGCAAGAGAAAAGCCGCCAAAAGGGCUUUAGACAAGAUCGAUGAAUUUGCAAAAGAAGAAGUAGGAGAGUAUUUUAAGUACUAUGAGAAACAACUCGAUUUUAAUGAAAACGAGAAAUUUAAAACGUAUUUAAAUAAAGAAUUACACAGCAAGAAGUCGUUGAAAUGUAAAAUGCAGAAUUGCCAAUUCGAAUCGGAUAAUACGUCAACGUUUUUGGACCACAUAUCUUCGUGUCCUUUAAAACCAGCAGAGUAUUACACGUGUAAGACGUGUUUUUCCACGCAAGCGUCCCAGGAGGACAUAAUAAAGCAUUUACGAAAAGCACAUUCACUCAAAAUACGGGAAGACGAUGACUAUCAGAAGGGAUUCUCAGACGAAGACGAGGAGGACGGAGUUGUGUCCGAAAAAUCGAGAAAGAGAAGAUCUAUAGCCUUCCAAGAAAAGAAACAACAACUUGUUAAGUUGAAAACCGAUAGCAGCUAUACGGCCAGACCUUUCUUUGUCUUAUCAACAAGUAGGAGGCCAAAAGACGAAUGUCAGUUAUUUUCUCACGCUUUCAAAUUCGCAUUCAAGUUCUGCGAGACACAUUAUAUUGAUAGCCACAAUUUGAAGAACUUGAUUUGUAACAAAGAUGCUUGGAGUUUAUUAGAAGAGGAAUCUAUCGAGAGGUAUUUACCUUCAUCAGAACUAUCGUGUGGUGUUUCUGUAAAAAGUAUUAACGGAUAUGAAAAUGUUUAUAGUUCCGAAUAUACUUUUAAAAACUAUGAACUCUUUGAGGUGCAGCGAGAAACAGACACCAUCACGAUAUUUUGUGGAGGACCAGUGCUUUCUUUGGCAUGGUUACCAACUCCGUACACCUGCAAUAACAAACCCCAAAUUUUAGCCGUUGGUACUAGUCGAGACUUCGAUGCAAUGUACCGAAUGGACGAAUUUUGUGGUGAGCGCACUAUAAUACAGUUCUGGAAUUUUGGUAUCUUAAGAAAUCUGCAAGAAUUUUCGGAACCCACAUUCGAAUUUGGUCUUGCCGUCGAUUAUGGACCAAUUUGGCACUUGGAAUGGUGUCCUUCGGGAUGUUAUAAUGUUGAAGAUUCCGGGGAAUGUACUAGGAUGGGAUUACUAGCUGUUGGUGGAUCGACAAUGGCUGUUCAUAUUUAUUCUAUCCCGUCGUUAGGAGAAGAUAAAAGUGGUUUAUUUUACAAACCUCGACCUAUUUUAAAACUGCAGCUAACCGAGGACGAAGCAGAAUUAAAACGGAUGUCCUUUCCCACCAAAAUAUCGUGGAGUAAGACGAAUAGAAGCGGUUCUAUAGCAGUGGGCUAUACAGACGGAACAGUGGCUGUGUACAAUCUAAAAACAGUCUCGAAUAUGUUUGAUUGUCAAGACGAAAACUCUACAAAAAUUUUACUUCCUUCCAAGGUAAUAAAGGCUCAUUCUCACUACGUAUCAGCACUUUCUUGGAUUCCUGUCGGUAAUGAUCGAUUUUUAUUCAGCGGAUCUUUUGACAAAACCGUCUACAUAUGGGACUUAUACAGUGAGGAUAAAUUCUCUACGAAAAAAGGUGGAAUUGUGACGGACGGAACCUGGUUGACAAAUUGGAUGUCUCAUAUUGGGACCACCGAGGAAUCCUCGCCUAGAAACUGUAAUGUAGUGAGCACGUUAUACGCACACAGAUCGUUUAUAGAAGACACCAGCAACCUGAACAGUUCUCUAGUAACGGUGCUGUCACUAUCAGCCACCGAUUGGCUGAACGGUUUUGUACAAGCAAAUUCAGUGGGAGAACUAGUUGCCUUCUUUCCACAUCAAAUGCUGUUCAACCAAGAUGCUUUGAGAAAGUCAUCUAAGUAUAGAUUUUUGAUUGGGUAUACAAGACUGAUAGACAAAUCGAAGUCUGUUGAAGAAAGAACCGCUUCGGAAAAAAAGAAACGUGAUUUUUUCACACCGACACCCGAAAGAAGUCAAACUUCUAAAGUGAUGGAUGUCGUUGACGAGGUUGACAAGGAGCUCUACUACGAACCAUUAGAUUACCGAGAGGCUGUGAAAAAGUAUGGACUAGUUUUUUGUGAUUCUAAAUUGGAUGCACCAAGUCUGAGAAAAAACAACCACGAAAAUGCCGAUUUGUCCAAACCACAAUUGUAUCCGUUACAAGAAGUCAGGAAGGUUUGUUUCAAUCCAAAUAGGCAAGCAAGCCUGUACUUCGCCAGUGGAUACCAAAUUGGUUUCGUUAGAAUAUCCUACUUGAAGUUUCUUGAAAAAGAUCCGCAGAUUAUUAGCUCAGAAAAGUGGGGUGAACCGGUAAUUUAUGAAUAAUACAUCUUGUUCAUAUGAUUCUUCUUAAACGUCCACGAUUCUACUUUUACCUUUUCCUUGGUGUUUUUUAUUUUUAAUUUUAUUCGAACUAUAGAAGAGUCAAUAUUUAUUUAUAAAUCAAUUAUUCACUUGUUAUUUUCAUUUUAUCUGCAAUCAUUCCGAUGUUCACUCAUUUAUCGUCGAUCAUUUUUGAUAUAUUUACACAUAUAGCCAGUUUAUUAGCAGGCAUACAGUAAACAGAAUGUAAUAAGCUAAAUUUAUAUGACGUUACCUUAUCGUCUGUUAAAUUUGUGAGGUUAGAAUCGUCUUAAAAUGCAAAAUUUACAGGAGCGAUUUAAUUGUAGGGACACCAGAUUCGUCAACUACGCAUGUGCGAGACGAGGAUGUUUAAUAGAAAAUUUUGAGCGGGAUCUUGUAUUGACGCCAGCGCGUCCCCCUGUCUUAGACUAUUAUUAAUGUCAAAAAAUGUAGUUUAACUAACUAGGUGGGAUCUCAAAGUCUAUCAUUGCAUUAUAUAAUGCAGUUCUUUUAACACUGUCAUACGCUGCUUUGAAGUCGACGAAGACAUUAUGUGUAUCUACGUUAUAUUCUAGUGACUUUUCUAGAAUCUGCCUAUGUGCUUGAACUUGAUGUGUCACUGACUCUCCAGCAGUAAAUCCUCAUUUAUGUUGACCAAUAAUAUCCUUUGUAAAAUGUUUAAGCUUUUCAAACAAUACAUUGCCAAAGAUUUUAUACCCAGAUACUAGCAGAGUAAUGCCUCUAUAGUUCUUAUACUCCAGUUGAUCACCCUUUUUAUGUAACGGAUAUAUUAUUCCCUUUAGCCAGUCUUCUGGUAAAUUCAUUCUGCCAUAUAAGUACUAUUAGUUUAUGUAUUGCUGCAAAAAGUUGAUCACCACCUUUUUUAUACAUUUCCGAACAGAUUUCAUCGAUAGAUAGAUAGAUAGAUAGAAUUAUUCAUCCACAUAGUUUACACAAUUGUUAC